AUGUCUUCCGAUCUCUCCGUCAUCCUCCCUCGCGUCCUCAUCGUUUCUCGUCGAACCCUUCGCAAGAACAAGUUCGUGGACUUCGUCGGUGAAUACCACCUCGAUCUCAUAGUAAGCUACGGUGCAGUCCCCGUGAUCGUGCCUCGUGUUUCCGGUGUCCACACCUUUCUAACCAGUUUCGAGCCAAUCCACGGCGUGCUCCUCUGCGAGGGCCAAGACAUCGAACCAUGUUGGUAUGACCAAGAGGAUGAUUUGAAAUCAAGUCUUUCCCAAGAGGAGUUGGAGGAAAUCAGGAAGCUUCACGCGAGUGACGCAGCAAUUGACAAAGAGAAAGACUCGAUAGAGUUGAGCCUCGCCAAGCUUUGUCUCGAGAGGAACAUUCCCUACUUGGGAAUCUGCAGAGGCUCGCAGGUUCUCAAUGUUGCAUGUGGAGGUACCCUUUACCAGGACAUAGACAAAGAGCUUUCUAAAAUGUGCCACGAGAGCCAGAGAGUGAUGCACAUAAACUAUGAUGAUUAUGAUGGGCAUAGGCAUAAGGUGAAGCUUGUUGAGAACACCCCUCUGCAUCGUUGGUUUCGUGGAGAAGAAGAAAAAGAAGAUGAGCAAGUGGAGAUUUGGGUUAAUAGCUAUCAUCAUCAAGGGGUUAAGAGAUUGGCUCAGCGUUUUGUUCCUAUGGCUUUUGCUUCUGAUGGGUUGGUUGAAGGGUUUUAUGACCCGGAUGCUUAUAGUCCUGAAGAUGGCAAGUUCAUCAUGGGGUUGCAGUUUCACCCUGAGCGAAUGAGGAAGCCUGAUUCUGAUGAAUUUGAUUACCCUGGAUGCCCCUUCGCAUAUAAGGAGUUUGUGAAGGCAGUGAUUGCUUAUCAGAAGAAACUGAACAGUUUAACAUCGGUGCCAAAGACUCUGAAGCUUAACAAGGAAAUGGAGAACAAGAGAAAGAUUAUAGUGCGUAGCUUUUCACUUGCCAAAAACCUCUACACCAUGGGCCGUGGGAAUUGCUCUUCCAAAGAGUCUGAACUUGAGGUUGGAGCAGAAUUUCUCGAGUCAAACACGGCCUUAAGCGUGCAGCAAGAGAAUCGGUUAAAGCAAAUGGGGGCAACAGUUAGAAAUGCAGGGUCAUAUGUUGAGAGGCUUAAGCUGAAUGAGGGAAGAGAAAAAAUGGCAAAAAUUGUGAUGGGAAAGAUGUCAGUGGAGCAAUUGUCUGAUUUGUUGUCUUUCUAUCGCACCAUGGGGCAGAUUUGUUCUCAAGUAUUGGAAAGAAAGCUACAUGACGUUGUCAAUGACUUAACUUCGUGACCAAAACUUUAUUCCUUUUUGGUGCAUGUCUAGCUUUUACCAUGGGACUCAUGAAUCUUGUGUGGUCACCACUUGAUUCUCUCUUGUACUUUUGGCUUUUCUCUUCAUGAAUGUCAUCAUGUUAAUUUCUCUUGCUUUGGAUAA